UCAGGAAGGAAAACAAGGCAGCGUGCAAAGUGAAAGCGAGAUCCUCUCCUCGCAGGGAGGGAGAAGGGAGGCUCUUAAAUCCUGAUUGUUCAGACCGACAAAGUCACAAAAGGAUCAGCUGCACAGCCGAGACCUAAAUAGGACGAGAGGGCAAGCUGGCCGAGGGGAGGACGACGAGGUUUCCAUGCACACAGCAAGGAGGCUACAAGGAAGUGGUGAACAGUCUAUCAGGAAGUGAACGAGGAGGUCUAAAACAAGGUGCGGAGACAGGUGGACAAGAUUAGCUAGGUCCAAGUAGACGAGAGAAGGUCGGGAAGAGACAUCACGCGUGGAAAGGGGACAGUCAGAGUCUACAGCUCUGUAGGUCUUUGUAGAGCUUCUGGAAGUCAAGGUAAACCAAGAAGUUAGGGGUCAGGGGUUGUUAGGAUGGCUCUCGCUCCGGAGGACGCCACCCAACUUCCCACUGACGGAACGUGUGACGCUUGCGAGCCCGAUGAGGCAUGUGAAGCUCUGGUAUUCUGCGAUGACUGUGGUUUCGCGUUCUGUGAGUUUCACGCCAACAAACACGCCGAGAGGUUCGCAGGACACAGGGUCAGGGGAUUCUCGCAACCCUCCCCCGCAGAGCCGACAGCAGCGACAGAGGAGCUGACAGCAUCGGCAGAGGAGCCAGGGCAUGAUACGAAGGAAAACGAGGAAUCUGAGAAGAAGAAGUGCCCUCUACACAACCAGGAGCUCACGCUGUACUGUAGAGAGGACGAGAAGAUUAUCUGUGUGCUGUGUGCGGUGGCCGGGGACCACCGACAGCACCAACUCAUAACCCUCAACGAGGCCUACCAGCAAAUGAAGAACAGAAAACCCGUUGACCUGAAGCUGGCUAUGGGUGAUAUGGUGGAGAAGCUGAAGGUGAAGUGUGCUGACCCUAGAGUAUCCCGCAGUGAACUGAAAAGCUUUAUUCAGAAGGAGUUUGAUCACAUGAGGGACCUGGUACAAGAAGAGGAGAAGAGGGCGCUGCACUUUGUGGACCUCCAGGAGGCCAUGGCCUCGGCUCACGUUACCGAGGUCCUUGCAGAACUUAAUGUCCACAUGGGAAAACUGAUGACGGAGAUGGCGGAGAUCACCCGGCAGCUGAACAGCUUUAACCAGAUGGCGAAUGAAAAAUCCGAGAACCCAGAAGAAGACUCCAGAGAGAAAAACGACUCAGCGCCGGAAGGAAGCUCCGGUUCACGAAUGUCUGAUCCUCCGCCGGGUAACGGGCCGUGGUGAAGAGACAUCACCUUAUAGACAACACCCAGAAGGGAGCGGAUUCUUCGACCCCCACCCCCCGCCGUCGUCUGGACCUCUUCCACCAUCGCCUCGAUCCUUCUGCAAGUAGACAACCCAAGAAAAACAGAACGAUUCCAUUAUCAAGAGCGUUAAUGAAAUGAUACAUAUUUCAACGUUUCCUAGCAAGCUUAAUGGACCUCUAGGAGCUUUUACUGGGGAGGGCGGCCAUCUUGGAUUUUUAAUUGGACCAGAAAAUUCAUAGCAAAGGAACAUAAUAAGGGCCGUCAGUGGGUCUAAGGGACUCAGACAUCCCUAUCCGGAAAGGAGUGCUGAUAUCAAAGCAAAAAACCACAAAAAAAAAUGGAAAUUAUAAUGGUGUAAACUGGGGCUUUUAAGCUUUUGUGUAUUGUUGGGGGAGGGGCUAUUUUAAAAUAUUUUAUUACUGAAAAGUUAAUUAUUUCCACUGGUAUUUACCGAGAGGGCAUUGGAUGCGCACGGAAGGCUUUGGAAUUCCAAGAUUCUUUUUAUAAAACGAAAAAAUCCUAUAGCAGAAAAUUGUAAGGGUUAAACGGACGUCCGAGAAAGUAAUCGUGGUGGAAAAGGUUCCUGUUUUUGGAAUAAAGGACGUAGAAAAUGUGAGAAAAUCUAUAUUUUAGUGUUUGUUGCAUUUAGAUAUUUUAUGGAAUUAAACUUCUUGUUUGCCAUC